GAGUUCACCCCCGCCACGCCCCCGUCGGCCCCGUCGCGAUGCCGCCCGCCGGACCGCGAGAGACGGACCGCGGGGGAAGAGACGCGGUCGGACGCCUCCUGCCGGGGAAGGGACGGCGGAUCCGGGACGCGGCGUGCGCAGAGAGCGCGCCCGUCCUGCAGAACCCGUUGACGCCCGACUCGCAGCGGAUGACCUUCGGGCGGGACGGGCGCGGGGAAAAUGAUCGCCUCCCCCCCCCCCCCUCCCUCCUCUGGGUGAGGCCGAGAGUGAGAUAGCGCCGAGUGAAACGCAGUUAUGAACAUCCGCAAGUGUGUAAUGUUGCGUGAUGUUGGCGCUAGAGCCUAGGUGCCUCAGCGGCGGCAGGCUUGGUGUUGGAGAAGGGGAGGAGUACAGCCAGCACGAUGGAGGCCCUCACCACCAUCACCAGUCCUCCCACCCAGGGCAGGAGACCCUCUCCGCCAACCUCCAUACAGCUGCCCUCAGCAGUGUCUGGGGCAGUGCCUUCUGAAGAAUUUGCUACAGUGCACGGAAGCUCUGGCUUGUCAGCCACGAGAAGACAUCCUCCCCCUCAUGCACCCAGAAAACAUAGAGCUACACACCAGCGUAACUUGUCACUGGAUUUCAGGUCUAUGGGUAUUGUGCUGCCACCCCUUCCACCAUCUACCUACAGUGGCUCCCACCAGCGGAAUCGCAGUUUAGACUCAGUGUUGCAACGCAUCCCAGAGGUCGAAGGAGGAGAGACCCCACAACACCCUCCCCCCUCCAAUCCACCACUCAAGCCUAGUCUCUCCUUCACCUUCUCUGAUGCCCCGAGCUUCAAGCUGCGGACAGACCCGUGCCGCACCCGAGCUCUGGUGGCCUCCGCAGUGUGCCAGCCUGUGGUGGUGAAGAGAGGGAAGGACCCCUAUGAUCAGACUAGCCUGGGGUCAGAUGAUUCUGGCAUCUGCAGCUCUGAGGGAGAAACCAGAGAGCCCAGCACUGAGAGAGCGCACAGUGCUGACUGUCUAGAUGCCACAUUUUUUAACUCAGACUGUGAAGUGAAAAGUAUAUACUCUGAAACGCUAGAUGGUGAGAUGAACAUGGAUGACCCAGAGGGUGAUACAGUGAGUGAUGGGGGAGACUUGGGGGACCAGACACUUGUAGAGGACACGGGGGACAUUUCUCCAAGUGACAUUACUGUGAUCGAGAACAUGGAUUCUCCGCAAGAAACCGACCAAGGAGACGAGCCACUGGAAUCUCCGGUGGAGAGCCUCGUCGAGGAAACACAAGCUACUAGUGAAUUGCAUACUUGUUCUGCUGAUAAUAAUGAUUCCAACAAAGAAAAUGAAUCCAAAAAAGAGUGCAGAAGUGAUAUGAACAGAAAAGGGAGAGAACCAAGUGAUGAAGGAUUAAGCUGUAGCAGUAGUGGUGCCAGUGCAUUAGUAAAGACGAAAUUGGAUGAAAAGCAAUCAUUACUUUUAAGAUUAUUUGAGAGUAAACUCUUUGACAUGUCCAUGGCAGUGUCUUAUCUGUACAAAUGCAAGGAACCCGGGGUGCAGCAGUACAUAGGAAACCGUCUUUUUAGUAUGCCAGCGAGCGAGUCCUACUUCUUCCUGCCCCAGUUGGUAAAUAUGUACGUGCAGACCUACGAAAUUGCUGAGGUGCUCCAUCCGUUCCUGGUGCAUCUGUGCCGCCAUGAUACCACUUUUGCCCUCCAGUGUGCCUGGCUCUUGGAGGCCUUCUCGACUGACACUGCCCACCAGAGGAAGAAGUCUCACGGCACCAAGUUUAAAAAUCUCAUUCUCUCUGAUGAGCUGAGGCCAAAGCAAGAGGGGUUCGUUGAGCUGGGCAUUGAGCCGAAGGGCAGCCAGCACCGGCCAACCCUCUGCACCAGGAUCAAGGAGCACCCAAGCCCAGGCUCGAACCCGGGGUCUCCUGUGACCGAGUUGCCGCCUCCCUUCACCACCCGAACCUCGCUCCCAACCCCCUCAAGGAAGUCGCACCAGCGGUCGCGCUCCGAUGCCACGGUGGCUCUCCAGACUCAUGCCAGUGCCACUCGGGGACACAAGCGGACUCCGUCUUCAGGGAGCAUAAAAAAUUGCCUUGGAGACCUUACCUCUGGACGAGCCUUUGAUAACGGCUGCACCUGCUUUGACUCGGAAGAAGCUCGCUGCAAUUCUUUGCGAGGAAAAACCAUCGAGUGCAGUUGUGGGGCACCAAGACUGUCUCCUGAGCUUGAAUUUGUUCGGGCCAUGAUCAGCAUUGGGAAGCGCUUAGGAGCACAGCCCACCAAAGAAGCCAAGACGUCUCGGUUGCUGGCCGAGUUAUCUGUACUGAACUUAAACUUGCCAGCACGUGUGUACCUGCCACUCUGUGCCAGAGAAAUGCCACACCACAUUGUGCGCAUCCCACCACAAGCGGCUGUUGUCCUAAACUCCAAAGACAAGGCACCUUACAUCAUCUAUGUUGAGGUUCUGGAAGUCGACAAUCUAGACACCGCAUCAGUGCAAGCCAAGCUCACCCAUAGUCUACGUCACACGCGGUCUGAGGAGAACCUGGUAGAUUCCCCCGCAUCCACAUCCUCAUCGCAGUUGGAUCUCACAACGACCCCAACAACAACAGCUACCGUCACCACCAGUGGCCUAGGUUCUACUUCAUCCAUACCAUCUUCGUUAAGCUCUCCGCACCUGAACUCAGGCUAUGUUGAUGAAUCAGACUGUUGGAGUCAUGAGGAUGACGAAAUCAGCCAGCAGUACUGCAGACUCAAGAAGCCCAGGGACCGCGAUACCAUCUCAAUGAUGUCCCUUGACUCAUGCGACUCUAGGGAGCUGACUGCGAGGGGAGCGGCAGACAUCCGCAGAAGACUCUCAGAGACGGUCAAUGCCCCCAAGACGGGGUUCAAGAGGGACCCAGAGGACCCUUCUGCAGCUGCCUUGAAGGAACCUUGGGAGGAUAAGGUUGAACGUAUCCGUGAGAGCUCGCCGUAUGGCCAUCUAGCUUCGUGGCGGCUUUUGGCUGUCAUUGUAAAGUGUGGAGAUGACUUGCGACAAGAGCUGUUGGCUUACCAGCUACUUUGCAUGUUCCAGAAGAUUUGGGCCGAUGAAAAACUUUCCCUUUGGCUCAGACCCUACAAGAUUCUGGUGUUGUCCGAUGACUCAGGUAUGAUCGAACCCAUUGUAAACACCUGCUCCCUGCAUCAAAUUAAGAAGAACAGCAAGAUGUCUAUGCUUGAGUACUUCAUUCAAGAGUUUGGAGAUAAGAAUUCAGAGGAAUUUUUGACUGCACAGAGAAAAUUUGUUGAGUCCUGUGCUGCCUAUUGCCUCAUCUGUUAUAUUAUCCAGGUCAAGGAUAGACAUAAUGGGAAUAUCCUCCUCGACAACGAAGGCCACAUCAUCCACAUCGACUUUGGCUUCAUGCUGUCCUCAUCGCCACGCAACCUGGGCUUCGAGUCGUCACCCUUCAAGCUGACGCAGGAGCUGGUGGAGGUGAUGGGCGGCGAGAACUCAGACAUGUUCGCCUAUUUCAAGAUCCUGCUGCUGAAGGGCCUCCUGGCAGCUAGGAAACACAGCGAGAAGAUCAUCUCUCUUGUGGAGAUCAUGAGCUCAGGCUCCAAGUUAGCAUGCUUCCGUGCCGGGGCGUCAGUUCUGCCGGCCCUAAAGAACCGCUUCCACGUCAACAUGACUGAGGAGCAGAUCCAGGCCCACCUCGACUCCCUCGUCUACAACGCCAUCAACUCCAUCACCACGCGGCUCUACGAUGGAUUUCAGUACUUCACCAAUGGCAUACUCUAGCUUAGGGCUCGGGCUCUGUCCUUGCGCUUAGUAGAUAACCUUCGAACCUUCGUCUUGAAAAAGUGCGUGACGUGAACUCUGGGAACAAACCAGCGCAAGAAAGACGAGGAGAGAUGAACUCGCUCGUGGGUUAUGAUGGCCGAUCAGAGUGAAAUGUCCUUUUUUUAAACUUUUUUUUUGUCUUUCCUAUCUCUCUUAUGAUAAAACUGUGUGGUGCUGGAAGCAGAACUCUGCUCAGAAUAUAUAUAUAUAUUUAUCACAGCAAAUAUAUAUAUAUACUUUAUCGUAAGGCCAAGAAACAUAAUACUUUGGCGAAAUGGAGAUUACUUAGUGUAGUGAAGUGUAAACCGAAUGUGAAUGUGCAAGAAACAAACACGAUUUACCAAAGACAGGAUCAAGAACUGAAUACCAUUUUAACAGCAAAAGUGUUUCGUGUUCCACAGUUGGAAGUUUCACAAGUUUAUAUCUCAAUGACUUUCAAAAAAUUAAGAAAAUUCAGUUGUGUUCAAACACUGAUUCCAUUUACAUGUAUAUUUUCCUGCCUCCCUCAUCCGGACAUGGAAGCUGUGUCACUCUGUUAGCAAGUUUGUUUUAUGUCAUACUCUCAUUUAUGAUUUUUGAUUACUUGCAGCUCAAAUUUACAAUUCAUGGCUUGCA